AUGGCGACGACAACGGUCGUGUACGAAGUGACCAACUACUGCGACGCCGAGAGUGUCACAUUGCUGCUCGCCUACAUGCGCGGCGGGCACCUCCAGGACAUGCUCGCGACGGGCUGCUUUACCAAGGCCGAGUUUGAGCAGUGCCACCCAACGACAUUCCGCAGCCGGUACACAGCGCCGUCGCAAGCCGCCGUCGACAC